AGCGCAUCGAACUCAUCGGCGCAAAGUAGCAAACAUCGCCAGCCAGCAUAGCAAAGCAAACAAUAGUACACUACACGCAGCAACACAGACAGAGACCCGAAUUAAACGAAAGAGUCUCAGAGAGAGAAAGAGAGGGGAGAGAGAGGGGAGCCAAAAAGAGGCCUGGCAGGUGCAGGUGUACCAAAUCACAAACACACACAUCUGCAACGCGCCUACAUACAUUGAACGGUGCCUGCACUGCACUGCAGCCUAUCUUUCUCUCUCUCCUCUAGCUCGCUCGCUCUGGUGCACAACAACAACGAACGACAUCCAGUUUUUGCACUAAACGUUACGACGACAUCACGCUGCUCACGCUGCUUGCUCACAGGGGCCUCUUCCAGAGAGAGAAACGCUGAAACGGCCGGGUGUGGAGGUGGGAAUUGUGAUACUUGCUAGUGGAGAGGACGAGAAAGUGUGAGAGAGAAAAAGAGAGAGAGAGAGAGAGAGAGAGAGAGAGAGAGAGAGAGAGAUUAAAGGAAGUUAAGGAAGGCGACACAUUAACGCCAUUAGGUGGACGCGAGGCGGAGAGAAUUGAUAAAUAAAUAGACAUGGCACCGAGGACGACUGCCGGUGUAGAAGGCUUGGGGCCCACCACCGUCAAUAUUGCCGAGAGAGAAAGCAGCGGAUGUAGCGAUGGUUCAGCCUUCCCUGCUGCUGCUAACAAGAAUAAACGAGGUGAGAAAGAUGAUUCGUACACUCGACUAUGGCAUGCAUGUGCUGGUCCUAAUGUUUAUGUUCCGCGCCCCGGAGAGAAGGUUUUCUACUUCCCUCAAGGUCACAUGGAACAGGUCGAGGCAUAUGCAAACGAAGAUGGCAAAAUGGAAAUGCCAAUUUACAAUUUGCCUUCCAAGAUCCUCUGCAAUGUUGUCUGCGUUCUGCUAAAGGCUGAAGUUCACACAGAUGAAGUGUUUGCUCAAAUCACCUUGCUUCCUCUGACUGAGCUAAGUUUAGAUGAAGAAAAUAAUCAACCCGUGCCUCAGAGCACCAGUACACGCUCCUUUAGCAAGACACUCACCCCAUCUGACACAAGCACUCAUGGUGGAUUCUCUGUUCCGAAACGACAAGCUGAUGAGUGCCUUCCACCUCUGGACAUGUCUCAGCAACCACCAGUACAAGAACUCAUCGCAAGGGACUUGCAGGGAUUUGAGUGGCACUUUCGCCAUAUAUUUCGCGGUCAGCCAAAGAGGCACUUGCUUACCAGUGGUUGGAGUACAUUUGUGACUGCAAAAAGACUUGUUGCUGGGGAUGCAUGUAUCUUUGUCAGAGGAGAAAAUGGAGAGUUACGUGUUGGGAUACGCCGUGCGAACAAAAAACAGGACAAUGCAUCAACUGCUCUCAUUUCAGGCCACAGCAUGCAACAUGGCAUACUUGCCAGUGCUUUCCAUGCCAAUUCUACUGGUACCAUGUUUACUGUGUACUAUCGUCCAUGGACCAGUCCUGCUGCAUUUAUAAUUCCUUGUGAUCAAUACAUGAAAUCAGCAAAAAAUGACUACUCUAUUGGUAUGAGAUUCAGAAUGUGUUUUGAAGGUGAUGAAUGUGCAGAGAAAAGAUUGGCGGGUACUAUAUUAGAUAUUGAAGAUAAUGAUUGUAUCAGGUGGCCCAGUUCAGAAUGGAGGUGUCUGAAGGUCCAAUGGGAUGCCUCAUCAGAUACAAACUUGCAUCCUGAAAGGCUUUCUCCUUGGAAUAUCAUGCCUCUCCAACCUAAUAAGAGAGCACAUGUUCCUGAUCUGAUAUCACCUGGGUUUCCUAACUCGGCCACGAAUGGCUUAUUGCCAAUUCCAGUUGAGUAUACACCUCCAAGACAAAAAAAGGUCUUUCAAGGUCAAGAAAUUAGUGACCCACCUGCUUAUGAACCGGGUACUCAAAAACCACCAUUACUACCGCAGUUCAUUCCACCAUCAAAUCCUGACUGGAACUAUACACAAUUGGGAUUGGAAAACAAUCCAUUGCAUGACCCACUUUUUCAAUGUCCUGGCAGUGCAAUAGCUCCAAGUCUCACUAACCAAUGGCCACCAAUAUUUAAUUUCGGAGUCUUGGACAGUGUCGCGUUUAGAAGAAGCAUGUCAGUUCCAAAUAUCAAAUCCUCUGGGUCCCAGGACUCGAGGGCCUUCAAACCAAGGAGUGAGAUUGAAGCGCCCCUUGUCCAACCAAAUAGCCGUGGUACAACCAUGCUGUUCGGGGUCAAUAUAGUUACUAGUCACCCGGAGCUCCCUUCACCACAAGUUGUCACUUCUAGUGAACUUUUUAGUCCUUGUUCUAUUACUCCAAUAUCUCAGUCGAGUGUUUCUGAAACUAUCCAGAUUUCAGAGACAUCUAAGAGUGUUUCUGGUGUUCUUUCUGCGAAACAAUGCAAGAACUGUUGCUCUGUCACUAACAGGAGCUGCAUAAAGGUGCUCAAAUAUGGAGCUCCUGUUGGAAGGUCGGUGGACCUCACACGCUUUGAUGGGUAUGGUGAACUCAUUGCUGAGCUUGACCAGAUGUUUGAUUUCAAAGGAAGCUUGAUCGAUGGAAGCAGUGGGUGGCAGGUAACCUAUAUGGAUGAUGAAGGAGACAUGAUGCUGAUAGGAGAUUACCUGUGGCAUGAAUUCCAGUCCAUGGUGCAAAAAUUGUACAUCUGUCCAAAGGAAGAAAUCGACAGACUGAAUCCAGGCUUGCCAAAUGCAACAUCCCUCUAAUUCUUUGCUGUGAGGUCAUUUGUGUUUAUCUGUUCAUAUGAGGGAGUGUGAGACAGAAACAGAGACAGAGACAGGGAGAGAUGGUAUCGACAAACAUGUCUGCAUGAAUAGCUAUGUCCACUUGUGCAAAUUUAAUCAUCUAGUGUAGCUACAGUUUGCACAUUAUCUAAAUUUAGCCAAAAACAGAAGUUUGGUUGGUUGUUCUGAAGGAUGCUAGUGUUUUGUGAGAGAUUGCUGUCCUGUAUAAAAUCCAGAUAUAUACACCUGUUCUGGUAGAAUUAUGGACCUGGGCAGUGGGCAUGAAUCAUGAUAGAUACUUAAUUCACAGUAUAUUAUAUUGGAUAGUUGUUCUUUAUUCACAGUGUAUUAUAUUGGAUAGUUAUAACUUAUAUUUAUAUGCAAAAGCAUUUCCAGUUUCGAAUUUGUUUUGCAUAUUGAGCUAUAAUGUGUGGGUUUUUUGGGCCUAUUUAUAUGGUUUGGGCCCGAGCACCUUGGUUAUCCGGAAAAAAAAAAAGAAAGAAAAAGAAAAAAAAAGUGAGAGCAGCUUGUGCCUCGGAGGCUCAGCCUAUCUCGAUUCUCAUCUGCGAAUUUCCAGGCACACGCACCCUUCAUAUAUUUCCCGCCACCAAACCAUUUUCUCUCAUCAAAGAAAAUCUAGCAGAGAAAAGAAAGUAACCAUGAAAUCUUUGUAUCCAAUUAGACCAAUUACAGCCGUCCCAAAGUUUAAUUCUACCUCUUACUCCAAAAUUUCUGCUAUCACCAGUGUUGCUACGCCUACGCUCAAUUUCUGGGUUUCAUCACCACAUCCAAUUCGCUCACUGAAUGAUUUUCCCAAGCCACACCCACACACUCCUCUAAGAUCUCAGUCUCCUUCAAACCCACAAAGCAACGAGCAAGGGAAAGAUGAAGUGGAAGAAGAAGAAGACCCAGAUGCCCAAGUCCAAGACCUUGUGGUCCCAGAGCGUUGGUUGGUCCCUUCCAAGGCCUUGGAGGAAUCAGAGUGGCUAAGGGUUACUUUGCAUAAGUGGUUGGAUGAUGAGUAUUGCCCAGAAGCCACCAAUUUUGAAAUCAGCAAGAUUGCUGCUCAAUCAUACUACAAAUCUUUGCUGGGAAAACAGACUGACUUGGGUGAGAUUUUGCUGAAGAUGGCUAUAGAAUUGGAAUCUAUUUCCUACCAGGAAAGCUUCCAUGGGGCAUUCUCAUCCGCCAACGCAGCAGUGAAUUUGAUUGCCCAACGGAUAGAGCAGUCCUGAUUUUAACUCAAACCAGUUGAUGAAGGUUUUCACUUUUCACUUUUCAUUUCACCAAAUUAGUAAUUUAUCGUCUCCUGCA